CUUGGAUAACUAGGCCAUGAAUAAUGGCAGGUUGUCAAACUCAUAAGUUAGUUUAUAAAAUAGAAACAGAUUCUGUUGCUUGAUUGUUUACAUGGUAAAUUUAAUAUUUAACAGUAAAUUUUUUUCUGACAUUAAGCCAUAAUAAAAGACUGGAGAUUAUAAAGAAGAUGCAACUUGAUGAAUUACUGUUAAUAAUAAAUUUAGGAUUUUUUUUGACAAUAAGUUUACUGAACUUAACCUAAAAUUUGAGUAUUGAGAGGAAAAAGACAAGCAUGUUAUAUAACAAACAUGUUUGUGUUAAAUGGAUGUCUAGCUUUUCUAAGUCUUUCCCUCUCCACUCAUUAAAUUGUGUACUUGGCUCAACACUGAAUCAUUUUUUCCUGGAGAUAAUACAUAAUCUGGUAUUUGUGUUAAAUUUGCAGCUUACAAGGUGCUUUAAUAUCCAUUAUUUCAUUUGACCUUCACAUCUUACCUGUUUUUGAGGUCAAUUUUGUAGUGUGCCAACUUUUUGCCUUGCUAGCAGCUGUUUGGUUUCGAACUUAUCUACAUUCAAGCAAAACUAGCUCUUUUAUAAGACAUGUUGUUGCCACCCUUUUGGGCCUUUAUCUUUCACUUUUUUGCUUUGGAUGGUAUGCCUUACAUUUUCUUGUACAAAGUGGAAUUUCAUACUCUAUCAUGAUCAUAAUAGGAGUUGAAAAUAUGCAUAAAUACUGUUUUGUAUUUGCUUUGGGAUACCUUACAGUGUGCCAAAUUACCAGAGUCUAUAUCUUCGAUUAUGGGCAAUAUUCUGCUGAUUUUUCAGGCCCAAUGAUGAUAAUUACACAGAAGAUCACUAGUUUGGCUUAUGAGAUUCACGAUGGUAUGUUUCGAAAAGAAGAAGAACUAACCCCAUCACAGAGAGGUUUAGCUGUAAGACGCAUGCCAAGUCUGCUGGAGUAUUUAAGUUACAACUGUAAUUUCAUGGGUAUCCUGGCAGGCCCAUUAUGCUCUUACAAAGACUAUAUUACUUUCAUUGAAGGCAGAUCAUACCAAGUGACACAGACUGAAGCAAAUGGAAAAGAAGAAAGACAAUAUGAAAGAACAGAGCCAUCUCCAAAUAUUGCAGUAAUGCAGAAGCUCUUAGUUUGUGGGCUUUCCUUAUUAUUUCACUUGACUGUCUCCAAAACAUUACCUGUAGAAUACAACAUUGAUGAUCAUUUUCAAGCUACAGCUUCACUGCCAACAAAAGUUAUUUACUUAUAUAUCUCCAUUAUGGCUGCCAGACCUAAGUAUUAUUUUGCAUGGACUUUAGCUGAUGCUAUUAAUAAUGCAGCUGGAUUUGGUUUUAAAGGCUAUGAUAAAAAUGGAAAAGAAUGUUGGGACUUAAUUUCCAAUUUGAGAAUCCAGCAAAUAGAGUUUUCAACUAGUUUUAAAAUGUUUCUUGAUAAUUGGAAUAUUCAGACAGCUCUUUGGCUUAAAAGGGUCUGUUAUGAGAGAGCCUCCUUUAGCCCAACCAUUCAGACUUUCAUCCUCUCAGCCAUUUGGCAUGGUGUAUAUCCAGGAUAUUACUUAACAUUUUUAACAGGGAUGGUAAUGACAUUAGCAGCACGAACUAUGAGAAACAACAUUAGACAUAACUUUAUUGAACCUCCAGAAGUUAAAUUAUUUUAUGAUGUUAUAACAUGGAUAACAACUCAAGUAGCAAUAAGUUACACAGUUGUACCAUUUGUACUUCUCUCUAUAAAACCCUCCAUUUUGUUUUUCAGCUCCUGGUAUUACUGUCUUCACAUUACUGGCAUCUUGGUUGUGGUAUUGUUGCCAGGAAAAAAACCUACCAGAGAAAAGAAAAUACAGCAAGAAGAGCACUUCUCACAAUCCAAAAAAUUAGAGGAAGAAGACAGCCCUUUGGAACAGAACAGUUAUUUAGAAACAAAUAAUGUCCGCAAUCAACAGCAAAAAAUAACUCCCAGACAUUCAACACUAAAACAAUGAUGGAGAGAACAUUAGGCUGGCUAUUUUUCAUGUUUUCGGAAACCAGUUUUAGCACCUUUUGCAGGGGUUUGUAUUCAAUUGAAAUAAAAUUAAACGACAAAAAGGACAUAUAUAUAUAUAGGGAAUAUAUAUAUUGUAAAAUAGACUGCAAUUAGAGUGAAUUGACCCCUCUUGUGCCAUGUCCCUGUGGGUCAUGCCUUAUAUGAAAAUAUUUCCAUUAUUUCAAUGUGCACUCAGGACUUCAACGUAUGUCCGUAGGGUCAUAUGUGGGCCCCUUUGAUGAAUGUACGUUGUGUAUCCUAAGGCACUGAGGGGGUAGAAACAAUUGUGUUGAUCUAGAUGAAAAGAGGAAAUUUAACUUUUCUGGAUGAAUGCUUUGCCUUAAACCCUCUAUUUACUGAAAUAAUUGUUUCUAAAUGGUAUUUUCAUGUUUAAUAUUUGUGUAAAAAGCAGAUUUCAAAUAUUUAAUGUCAAAUGCUGUAAAGGAAAUUAGAAGGAAGAAUUUUAAUCAGAAUGUUGUAAAUGGUUUGUAAAAUGCAAUAAACAUCUCAGUAUUUUGAGGGUUUUCUUACAGUUAUCUCAAAACAACUUAAGUAGAUUACAGAACUGUAAACAUUACCAAUGCCAAAAUAUAGGUAGCCUAGAUUGUCUGAAUUUAAUUAUAUUGUGUCAGUCAGAUUGAACCCCUCUAAGAGGAUUUUCUUAAAUAUGUAAAUUAAACAUGGCAAAACUGAUAUUUUAAGUUUUUUUACUUUAAAAAAAAGAAGAAAACACUAAGUGGACCUUGCAAUUUGAGACAAGUUGGCAAUCAAAAUAGGACCCAGAUCAAUAUAUUGCAAGUAAGUACCAGGUGCUCAGCAGAAGUGCUACUUAUCCCAUAAUAUUAUGAAUUUAUUUUAACAUUGUAUUUAGAAUAUUCACAUAUUUAAUACCCAAAUUUCUUUAGGAUUUUAAAACUAAAGCUUACCAAGCAUAAAACCUCCUUAGUAAAGGAUAGUUAAAUAAUAGAGGUAAAACAGUGUCAUAGAAGUAAGUAAAACAUUUUUAUUUGGUUAAGUACAAAAGCAAGUUAUCUUACGCUCAUCACUGAACAAUUGCCCCUUAACCAUAACAACCUAAUUCAGGCCUUGAGAAGUUUAAGGGGAUUGAUAAAUUAAGACUGAAAAGCUUAUAUAAAAUAAUAUUUAGAAUGAUUAAAUGUUGCUUAAAAUGCUGUCAUUGAAGACCUUUUACUGUAUUUUAAAGUUUUCUAAGUACAAAAGUAUGUUCCUGUUUUAGCUUUGGCCAUUUUCAUGUUCUUAUUAUUCUUCCUUGAAAUACUACAACAUUCUCAUUAUUUCCCAGGGCCACAUAAUCCUUUUGCAUUAAUUCUAUCUGAGUUAAUGACUAAAAAUAACCAUAGAAUUAUUUUGUACUAAGAUAGUAUUGGCAGGAAGCAUCAUAAAAUCAUUCAAGGCUCCUAAACCUUGUGAUAUUUGGUGUUUGUGUAUGAAGGGCUCUUCAUUUAUUGAGCCACUGAAAAAAGGGAGAAAGAUGUGUUUUCAUUUAUUUUUAGCUGACAUUUUAUUUUGCCUUAUUUUUACUAAAUGCAAACUUUACACAGACUCCAAAACCUUUUUUGAUAUGUCACCAAUUAUAAAUUACAAGUAACAGAUUGAGACCAAAAUAGCUUAAGUGUUACAGGAAUGUACUAAAUAGAGGUAGGUUUUGUUGUGUGUUUUUUUUUUCUUUUUAGGAAAAGCAAAGAAAGCUAAGACACCUGCCACUUAGCAGGUCCUAAUCAGCAAAAAUGUAGAGCUGCCUUUUUUUGAGCCUUAGAAAUAAUACCACAGACUGCCUUGGCUCAGUCUUUGUUGAAACUUCUUGUUUCACAUCUGUCUGGAAAUGUAGGUGGGGCUGGCCCUGUCCUAAGAACUUCCCAGGAAAGAAUGGAAAAUGAAAGCAUAUUGUUUUAUUAUUGGAUCAUGUAGUGAAAUUAAGAUGCACAAAUAAUAAAUAUGAGAGGACAGAAAUGAAUGUACAGAAAAGACCAGUCACAUUUACUGGCAAAAGAGUUUUCACUUAUUGAUGAAUGUAGCAGAAGGCCUAAGCACUCUUUAUAGGAGUCCCAAGUAUAUUGGUUUUAUUUAAAUGUUCUAGUUAGUGGAAAGCACAAGGUCUGUGUUGCAGCCUUAUAUGUAAGUAGGGAUCGAGGGGGAAGUUCAAACACUUUAAAAAAAAAGAAUCUACCUUGCUCUCAAAGAAAUAAUCAGCAUCCAUUUCUAUUAGUUUGACAAUUUGUUUACAGAGCUGGAUGAGCCCCUGAAGGAUCAUCUAAUCAAGCCCUUCAUUGUGCAGGUGAACAAUCUGAGGUCCAACAGGGUGUAAAGUGAUUUGCCAAAGGUCACCCUGCUGGUGAAUGGUAGAACCAGGACUGUAUUUCCAGUGGAGUCCUCUCUGUUCUGUGCUGCCGCCACCUCUCUUCCCUUCACUAUUCCCAUCUGCUUAUGUGAUGGUACUGUAGCCAUUUAAAAAGUAAAAAUCUUUUUCAGUCACUCAGUUUGUUGGCAUAAAAUGUGCCUAUAUCUAUGUGGCAGAUUCUUUUCCCCCUGACAAAUUAAAUAAGUAGUUUUCCUCUGGUCCAGGAGGGAUUAUGGCAGAGUAGCGCCCCUAUUCUGGUUUCUAACUCUCACUUUUCCUCUUUAAAAGAGAGUAUUUUAUCUUAUGGCAAAAUAAGGGAGGACCAAUGCCAUAAGUAUCCCCAGCACAGACCCUGGCUCUUGAUAAGCAGACUUUAUUAAAUACAUAUUGAUUGAUCGAUUAUUUGUAAAAUAUUGUAAAGGUUUCUAUUUCUUUGAGAGUACCAAAUAUUGCUGUGUCUUUAAGAAGUGUUAAACCCAAGUGAUGUACUCUAAUAGGCACUUGUUUUAAAAAAAAUAAAAACUGAAAUAAUAGUGCAGCUAGAUUGUAUUUUUUCAUUUCUUACAUUGGCAAUAGUGAGAGACAGUGAAGUGACUCAGUGGAUAGAAAACUAGCUGUAGGGAUGGGAGGUCCUGGGCUCAAAAGUAGGCUCAGAUACUUCCUAGCUCUGUGACCCUGGGCAAAUCAUUCAACCUCCAUUGCCUAGCCCUUACAGUGCUUCUGCUUUGGGAUCAGUAUUGAUUCCAAGACAGAAUGUAAGGGUUUUAAAAAAUUGGCAUUAGUGAAAUGUGCUAAUAAUUUUACUUUGUGACUAAUAUAUACAAGAUAGGUCAGAAGCACAGUUUAGAUUUGAAUCUAUUAUACUUUUAGUAUGUACUUUAAUUGUUCUUACUGUUCCCUCCUUGUUUUUAUUGUUUUAUCAUAUAGUUAAUUUCAGUUAUCUAAAUUAGUCAUCAUCAAUAUCAUAUUGACUAAAAUCAGUAAUAAUCCAUCACUGUUUUACACAGUUCACUUCUCUAUCUUGAAAAUAAACAUUUUCUUUGUAAUUAAAGGUAAUAAAGAAAAUGUUUUUGGCUAACAAACAACAUAUUCCUUCAUCUUGCUGCAUAACAUUUGGGUUUUUACUCUGUUAGAGUUGGAAAGAGAGGGAGAAGAGAGGGGGAGAAAAAGAGGGAGCACGUGCAUGUAUAUAUAUACAUAUAUAUGUCUACACAAAUUUCCAUUUUUCUCCUCUAUGAAAUAGGGAAAUUAAACUUGAUGAACUCGAGGUUCCCUUCUAGCUCUGAAUAUUUUAAACCUAGGAAAAUGUGUAGCCCAAGAAAGGCUUCAGGGAAUACACUGCAUUUUUAAUUAUUGUUGGUUCUAAAACAGAAAGGCCAGAGGCCUAUUUUCUUAGCCCUGGUUCAGCAAUUAAUGACUAAUGUGGCCUUGGGCAAGUCCCUUAACUUAGGUGAGUCUGAAUCCUCCUCACCCAUAAAACUAGUUUGAUUAUCUAUUAGCUGGUCCCUUUUCAACUCUACUUUUUUACAGUGUGCAUAGUGGGGCUGGUGUGCCCUGGGUGGAAUUAGCAAGCAAGUUCUUUCGAUAUGUGUAAGUUCAUUAGAUAUGACCACUGGCAUAAAUUGUAUUCAUUUAAUAUUAUGAAACAGGGCUAUAACUGCACAAAAGGUUGUCAUGGAAACAGGAAAAGUCUUUAGUCCAGUGAAUCAAAAGGCUUGUCAUUGUAGCAUUUCUGCUGAAUAGAGCUCAUAAAAUGAUUCCCUAAUAAUAUACUAAUUUGUAAAAAUGAGAAUAUGGCAGAUUUUCCUCUUGCUUUCUCUGCUUUUCCCCCUUAUUUGUAUGAUUUUAAAACAGGAAGAAAAAAGUAACACUAAAUAGCCUCUUCCCCUCCACCAUUUACUGAUUUUUAUGACCCAGGAAAUAGCAUGUUAAUUAAUUUUUUUAAUUAUUUCACUGUAAAUUAUUUAAAACAUAUUUCAUCUUAAAGUUAUUUUUAUCAUAUUUUAAAUUACAAGUACUUUACUUGAAUAAAGCUAAAUGUUUGUCAUUAAUUUAAUCAGAGAAUUCAUAUGUUAGGUAAAAGUUGACAUAAGGUUUUUUCAAGAUUAAAUAGUUAAUUUUUAAUCUUUGUAAUUUAUAUACAAUGAUUUUGAACAUAAAUGGAAAAGCUAGAGUUCAUGCAUUCCUAAUAUAUGCUUAUUUAAUUUUUCUUUUGCUACCAGUUGUUUGUAAUUAUUCAUUCAUAAGUUUUCCAAACUAUGCAUUACAUUGGAAGAUUAAAAAUAACAUAAAAGAGAAGUAGUUAGAAUGGUGCCUGUUAUUUUGGUUUCAGCUAAAGACCUGUCCAGAGUCUUCAUUAUAAAUCUAUAUUCUAAGGAGGUUACUCAGCCAUUAAAAUUCCAUCUAAGCUGAAAAAUAAAACAUCAGCUUUAAUGUAGAUAGAAUUUUAAGGAACACUGUGAAAUUAUUCCUCAUUGCCCUUACCUACUAUAUAAUUAUCUUAGAUUAAAACUGGAGGUCUUAACUGGAUAUCUAUUUCAUCUUCUAUUUCUUGCACAAAUAAGUUAAUGUUUUUUCUCAAUGUGCAAGAAAACAAAUACUUUCAGAAAGAAAAAUUUCCUCUCAAAUAUUUGAGGAUUUGGAGCCUAGAAUAUCAAAAAUUUUAUGAUCUACAUCUCCUAUUUAUGUUUGCAUAUACAGUGUGAUAAAAGUAUAUAUUUAUAAUUGUUUAAAUUACAGGUAUUCUUUUAAAAUAAAAAGAUUUGUCAUGUUGGUAUUUUGUAAUCAUGCCCUCAUAAUCAGUGAUUUAGCUGCUUUUAUCUAGGCUAUUAUUGUGUAAUGGAAACAGCCAGUUCCAUUUUUAGUUGGUACAUUGGCUAAUGAUUUUAAUAUACUGUUCCUAGAUAUUUUAAUACUUCUUUAAUAUUAUGUAAACCCCACGAUGAAGAAAACCAUUUUCUGAAAUAUAAUCUCAAUGCAUAGUUUUACUUCAAAGCUAACUUGUUACAUCUUUAAAACUGAUUUUUAUUUCCUUGUUUUAAUGCUAUAUUUUGAAAGGGAAAAAAAUCCAAGCUAUAUAAUAUAGAAAUUAUUGUGUAAAGGCCCAGGUCAAACCAUAUUUUCCCCACUGACAGCCAUCUCUCCAGGGUUGUUUGGCAAUGUUUGCUAUUAUCAAUUGGAAUACGAUGGCCAACCAGAAGUCACAGAACCAUGGAAAGAAAUGGUUUGUUCAUUACUUUGAAACAAGCCCUAGUGGAGAGAGGGACACAGGCUACCAUCUUCUGACAGUGUCUGGCUCCUACCCAAUCUCAACUCUAGAGUAAUCUCUUCCCGAGAAAUUAGUUGGCAAUCAUCUUCUGUGUUGUCUCUUUAAUGGAACAAUUACUCAUCUAUCAUAAUGCCUUUUUGCUGAUUUGGCAUAAAAUUCCUAAUUUUAAGCAUAUUUUUAAUCCAACUAUGCUGGUUUACCUAAUUUUUGUUGUUUCUAAAUUUUAUCUUUUUGAAAAGAGUUGACCACUAAAAAGUUAUUUGUUCCAAUUCAGCAUACAAAAUUUAUUUUAGGUCAGCUAGAAAAAAAUGAACCCUGUCUUCAGAAGGCCAAACAAAAGGAGUGAAUGCAAAAACUCAUUCGGGGAACUGAAUGUACUAUUAAAAAUUACUCCAUUUGAGAAAUUAGAAUGUGAUUAAUUAAUCCCAGCUUUUGUUCUACUUUAAUAAGAAUUUUACAUCUUUGCAGAAGAGAGACCCUUCCAGUAGGGAGAAAGUAACAGCUCUAGCAGUCAGUAUUUGUAGUAUUCCUUCACUUGCCUUCCUGGUUGAAAUUAGAAUACAGUGUCUGUGAUAUUCAUUUUUAUUAUUCCAAAAUAUAUUUUUUAAGAAAGUGUUAUUUUUCAACAGAUCCAUAAACUAGGUAUUGGUAAUAGGUAAAUUUAAAAUACCACUGUUAGUUACACUGUGAUGUCAUUUUAAUAAUUAUCCAUUUCUAGUCUUUGUCAGAGCUGCACUGGAAGCAUACUGCAAUGUUUUAAAAGUGUUUUUAACUUACAUAUAAAUGUUUUUUUUCUAAUUUGUGUGUCUUUAAAAUCGAUUAAAUAGUAGUUUAAAAAUA